UCGAAGUGAUCUGAUUACGAAGUUAAUAUUGAUGCGCAUAGGUAGAACGACAUAAAUGACAGUGAUGUAUAGAAAAUAAAUAUCUUGAUAAAAAUGACGUGGUGAAGUGAGCCUUAUCGUUUUACAAAACCGUUGAAGGAAUUAUAAGGAUGGAAGAGAGUACGAGUUCUCAAAAUGUUUGGUGCAAAACUAAAGCUGACGAACAAAAUAGUUUGUAUCAUUCAGAAUCUAUAACUCAAUCUAUGGAAGCAAAUUCUACUUCCUUAGCAGACAUAUUUGAUACAGCAUUUACAUCUACAGUUGAUCCUUCUCCACAACCUAGAUUUAAUUCAGCCAACGAAAUGGAAUAUGACCAUUUAUUUGCAGAAAGUGAUGUAGAAGAUUUAGAUGUGGUACCUAUUAAUCCUUAUGUAAAUCCAUCUCAUCAUUCUGGUUCAAACAAUAAUUUUGUUUUUGGAACUUAUUUACGUGGACCUGAAACAGCAGGGGGAAUUUUACAUGGGCGUGAUCCUCCAGUAAAACAUAAAAGUAAAAGAAGUGAAGAACGUAAAUUAUUGAAUGAUCAACAGCCUGAUAAUUUGGGUGUAGCUGGACCAUCUAGAUUAUCAGAUGGAAUUCCCAACAGCACGAUUAGAUCAACAAUUAAUGAUGGAAAUAUCUUAAACAGAGUUAUGCAAAAUAUUGAAAAUGACACUGCCAAUGAAGUCAAUACUUUGUACCAUUCAGUUUUGCCAAAUACAAUUACUUCUCAGCAGCAUUCUACACAUACAAGAAAUGAUGAUACACCAUCAGCACCUGAUCUACAAUUAGACUGGUCCUCAUGUAGCGAUGAUACUACUAGUAGUAUCACUACAAGUAGCGAUACUAGUAGUAUCACUACAAGUAGUGAUGAUAAAGAUGGCUCAGUUGAAGUUCUUGUUUCAGUAAAUCAUAAUAAUAAGCAGAAUUCUGUGCAAAAUAAUGAGGAAAGUAAUCGUUCAGUCACUGUAGUUGAUUUAACUGUGGAGUCAGAUGAAGAACACACUCCACCUACUCCAACAACUUCGGAAGUAAAUCCGGGGACAACGGAUUAUGUACAUAGUGGGAACAAUGCUUACUGCAUGCAUGGUCCACCAAAUUAUAUGUAUCAUGGAUGUAUGCAUCAUAAUUGUAGAAUUCCAAUUCCUGUAAUCCCUGUAAGAUAUAGCCAAAUACCAGAUGCUUCUCCAGGAAUGUCAAGAUCGCGUAUGCAUCCUAUGCAUGAAAGACUAUGGAGGAUGCAACAACGUGUACAGGAAAUAUAUAGGCGGAGUCUGCAUCGAAGAGUCUCUAUUAAUCACCCUAGUACGAUUUCGUGCAAUCCACAUAUGCAUCAAGCAACUCAACAUAUGUGUAAUAAUGGAAAUGCUGAUCCUGUGAAUAACCGUUGUAACGGUUCGGAAAAUAUGACGUUUGUAGAAAACUAUUUUCCAUCUCCAAUUUUACCACCACCACAACAACCUACUGUUUAUAGUCAUCCAGAGGCUAGAAGGCCACCAAGUGUUAGCCCGCCUUAUCCUGCACAAUCUGUGAUGGAAAAUCCUUUGAGUGGUGUAGAAAUGGAACCAGCACCGCCAGUUAUGCUGCCUUCAACGCCAGUUCAUCCUUAUGUACAUCAUAUGUAUCAUCAUUAUGGUCCCCAUCGAAGACCACCCGGCCCGCAACAUAGACACCACAUCCAUAUCAAUUGGUUACGACAUGUUCAUUUGCAAGGAUCUGGUGGUCACGAUAUGAUGCCAUUUUCAUCUUUGGGUUUGUUACAUCCAACGUUUCAUGUGUCGGCGCAACUUCAAAAUUAUAUGCGUCUUGUAGAUCUACGACGCAUGGCUCAUAUUAGUUGUGGAGCAACACAGGAGUCAAUUGAAAGUCAUACAUUCCGCCACAAGUACAAACGGGAGAAAAAAGUCGAAAAUAGUGAAGAUGCUGUUGAAAAAUGUACUAUAUGUUUAUCUGAAUUUGAAGACUGUGAAAGUGUCAGGAGGCUUCCAUGUAUGCAUUUAUUUCACAUAGACUGUGUCGAUCAGUGGUUAUGUACUAAUAAACGCUGUCCUAUAUGUCGAGUGGAUAUUGAAACUUUUCUACACAAGGAGCUUGAAAGCACUGCAUAGUUUAAGGUCGAUUUUAACCAUCUGUUUUCGUUUUUAAGUAUAAUCAGGUAAU